AUGUUUAGAGAUCAACUGUUUACAAGGAAAAAUGCACUGUUCCAACGGGGUGAAACCUUCACAAGUAACCCUGUGGAACAGUUUAAUGCAAAGAUCACAGAAGAAAGAUCUAUGAAUAAGACUUUUUUGAUUAUUAGUAAUUGUAUUAUUGCUCAAGAGUUGCAAGUUAAUCAAAUUAAGAAUCUUCAAAGAAAAACUUUAGGUGGAGAUGAUGAAAAGAUAGAGAUGUGCAAAUUAGCAAGAGUUGAAAUCUGGUUAAGAUUAAAACUUGCUAGGUUUUUUACCGUUGUUGAACUUGCAAAGGAUAAAUAUAAAGUCUACAUUUCACAAGAAACCAAGAAAAACUUUGAAUUUAAGAAUUUCAAGACCAUUAUUGCUGACGAAUAUAUCAAAUUAAAGAGGAACAAUACCUACCUCAAUUUCCGUCAUCAGUUUUGGCUAGAAAUGUAUGAGAAUGAAUCCGUGGUUCACCUAAGAUCAGAACCUGGAGUAGGAAAGGUUCAGACUAAAUCAUGCUCCAUAUGCCUAUCCAAUCAUGCUUAUAUUUCAAAUUGUUUACAUAUAAUAUGCACUCUAUCAUACAUUAGUGGAUCUGGAUUGCAAGUUAAAGACCCUGGUAAUAUAUUAGAAAAAUAUUUUGGGACCCAUAUGGAAGCUGGUACAGACUUGGCACUAACUUAUAAAAUGUUGAUUGAAGAUCAACAACUAUUUGAGAUAAUUGGGAUCAAUCAGAAGUAUUUGAAUGAUAUAGAUACCAAUAAAAUGUCUGAUAACAAAUUGAUUUUGCUUCCAAAAAGCAUCACAAUCAGAAGAAAUAGCUCCAGGGUUAAAGAGUUGAUAACCCCAAUACCACUUGAUGAAAAUGCCAAACAACAAGAUUUAAACAGAAGAUUGGAAAAAAGAAAAGCAGAUAAUAGAGAUUAUUAUAGGGGCUCAAGAAAGAAGAAGGCGGUUAAACCUUUGUUUAGAAGAACAUCAAAGCGUAAGUCAAAAACAAAUCAAGUGAUGGCAUGUGUGGCACCUGAUUCUAGUUAUGACAGACCAAGCCAAUUAGACCAUGGGAAAGGGUACACAAGCCAGCAAUUGGAGAACCCCAAAAGCGUUCCAAUCCGCAUGGAACUUAGACAAUAA